AUGGAUCUUGACCUCGACGAACUAGACAAACAAAAGGCUCAGAAAGCACGUGCCUUCAAGCCGGCAGUGAAACCCGUUCCACGAGCGCGACCCUCCGCGCAGCAGGCGCCCAGCAGCGCUGCUGCUCCUUCCGCCAGCACUGCCGCCGCCGUCGCUCCCACAUCCCCGGCCGCAACAGCAGCCCCCGUGAAGGAAGCCGUGAGGGUAAAGCCUCGCGCUGCGCAACAGCCCCCGGGCACUCCCUCGCCGCUUGGGGGGAGCCCGCAGCAGUCACAGCGUGACGCUGGAGUUCGAACCCAGACAGCGGCGGCAGCGGCGCCUGCGGUAGCGGCUAGCGGCGCGAGGGAAAUGCUGCCAACCGCGCCACCGCAACAUGGCCACUUCCACAGCAAGCUGGAAACUAAGCACCAGCCGCCUCCCGCACUGCCCCUGACUGAGCCUGACGUCAUAGAUCCUGGCCCCUCGCGACCAGCACCCGUGGUAGAUUCCCGGACUGGGGCCGACGGCGCCUCAUCCGCUGAGGCACCUCCGCACGCUGCCGCUCAAGCUGCCGCUGCUGCGGUUGCAACCACGGUGCCGGUGCAGCCAUCGGCUCCAUCGCCUGCUCCUGCCCAGUUCAGGGCCACUGCGCCCCCUGCAGCCGCCAACCCCCCGCCCCCUGCGUCAACCUCAGCACCCGCCGGCCCGUCAUUCAGCAGCAACCCGCUGGAUGACCUGCUGUCGCUGCCCUCUCAGCCGCGCCAAAGCAAGUUUGCGCCGUCCGCGCCAGGAGACCGUCGUACCCGCCAGGCUGGCGGCGGAGUCGGCAACAAGGCCGCUGUAGCGGCGGCGGAGCCGCCACAGCCGCAGGCUCCUGGCUUGAGUGCCGGCUCGGGCCCGCUGGAUCCCGCGCACCUGCUACAGUCGCAGCUAGCCCCUUUAAGCCAACCUUCCCAACCAGUCCCAGCCGCUGUGCUAAGCCCGGGGUCACAGCCGGCAUUACCGGCCACGCAGCUAGAAGGCAGCCAAGCCGCGGGGGUAGGUAUGUCGGCAAUGGCCGGCGGCGCAGCGACCGUGGAGGGCGGUCCUUCCCAGUGGCAACAGCAGCAGGAGGAGCAGACAGGGACAUCAACAGCUGUGGAGGCCGGCACGAUAGGUUAUUCAUCUGGCGGGGCACCCUCAUCCCUACCAAGUGCACCAGCUUCUAUAUCUCAACCCGUGCCGCCGGCUGCUGCCCCUGCCUCGAAGCAGCCACAGCAACAAGCAGAAUCCGGACGGGCUGUCGGUUCCGGAGCGCAUGCGGCCAGGGCCAUGGAACGAUCCCAGCCAGCGCCCAGCGCUACGGAUGCAGCCGCCGAUACCACACGGGUAGCAGGCGGUUUAACAGCUCGGGAAGUAGCUGUGGAGGCGGGUGCGGCACCAUCCGCGCCAGGGACUGGCGUUCCGGAUGCAGCAGUUGCUAGAGCAGGGGCCGCCGCGCAGGCGGAGUCGAAUGAGGAUUUUGAGGUGCUGCUGGACGUCCCUGCUCCAGGGCUCCGGGCUGGAGAGCGCCCGGCGCCGGGGGCUGCACCUGUCGUGGCGCCGCAGCGGCGUGUAGAUAGCGCGAUUCGAACCCGGGGAGCAAGUCAACAGCGACAGCCCGCGACAACGGACCCGGCCCCUGCCGCCGCUGUGCCUGCUCCGCCACCCUCCGCCGCUGCGCCGGAGUUGACUUCUGGUCCCCCAUCCGCUACUGAUCCUGUGGCGGCGGCUGCGGGGUCGCGGGGUGGUAGGGCGGCAGGAAAACGUGUCUCUUUUGCGGUAACGGUCGCAGAGCCAUUCGUUGAUGCGGAGGCGGCCCAGCCGGCAUCGCAACAGCUGGCGUCUUCGUCAUCAGCAGCGGCAGAUAUCGGUCGCCGUGGUGGCGAUGGCAGUGCUAGCGGCGGUCCAGACACAUCCUUAGCAGCAAGUAGUGCCCUUGCUGCAGCCCCCGCUGCCACUCCCGCUGCUACGGCUGCUACUGCAGAGCCGGUUGCGCGUUUCCUGGCCGCCGGUUUCGGAGCUGCGGAUCUGGACUCCCUGCCAAAGCAGCAGCGCAGGGCGGCACCCGUGGUUGCAUCGAGGAGACGGGGCGCUGCUGCCGCCGGCUCUUCCGGCCCCGCCAAGGCAGCAGCGCCAGCAGCGCCAGCAGCAGCAGCGUCAGGGGGCCCAGGUCUUCCAGCGUCACAACCCCCAGCAGGAGCGCCAUCAGGCGGCGUAUCUACCGAAGCCAGGCAGAAUCAGCAGCCGCAACAGGAGCACCAGGUCCCGGACGGAUUACUGACUUCAGGCCCUAUCGCCGCUAGCGCCGUACUCGAUUAUGCACCAAGAGAUCCCCGGCCGGGUGCUUUCCGGUCGCUUGCGGCGGCAGCUGCUGCUAGCCGUCCCGCAGCCGGCGUUACGGACGCAGCCGCCGCUGGCGCAGAGCAGGUACCGGAUACACGGCCAUCGGUUGCGGCGGCGGCCCCGGGAAAUGCCGCAGGCGCGGGGGCCACCUCGGCUGUGGCAGAGGACCAGGCGGCGGCGGCAGCAGCAGCGGGGCCGGCGGCGGCACAAGCGGCGCCACCGGCUGCAACCACGGAGCCGCCGCCUGAGACAGGGUCACGGAAACCGCCGCGGCCAGCCGGAGGAGACACGGAAACACCUGCUUCCAAGAGACGGCGCAGUGCAUUGAAGACGAAGGGGCCGGCGACUGCAGCGGCGGAUGAGGCAGGGCCGCCAUUAGCCGCCGCGUGCGAGCAGCACGGCGCCGCCGCCACCGCCGCUGUCGCUGGCCCAACCACAACCGCCACCGCGGCGACGACGACGACGGCGACGGCGACGGGAACAAAACGAACGCGGCUGCGAAGGGGGGCCACAGCGGCGGGUGCUGACGAUGCCGACGGCGUUAACCCAGCCAAGACACUGGCGGACAUUAGGCCGGCAGAGGUGAGGGUGGAAACGGAGGUGAGGGUGGAAACGGAAGCAGAGCGCGACGCCCAGCAUGCAAAGGUGGGGGCAGUCCCGCCCCGGCGGCUCCGAACGAAAGCAUCGAACAAGCGGGACAGGAUGAGCGGCGGAGCUUCCGCCAAGGAGGCGGCAACGGUGGCGGAGGAGCCGCAGCUGCCGACUGCCGCGGAAGCCGUCGUCGCCGCCGGCAAGGCGGAGACCAGCGCCCGCCGAGUUCUCGAGCUGUUUCAGUCAGUGUCCACACCGACCGCAAAGAAAGGCGCCAUGGCGUGGAUGCGGCUACUGUCCACCCUGCGGGGCGAGAUUGCUGUCCAGGCAGCUGGCGAGGCGGCGCAGGGGGGUGGGGAGGACGUGGGCAUGGCGCUCAUUCUCCACCCCGACCAUGAAAACCUGGCGCAAGGCACUCGCAGCCGUCGACGCCGCCGCGCUGCAGCCGGCGGCACCGGCGACGGCGGCAGCCGCCGCCGCCGCCGCCGCGGCGGCGGCGGGGCCGACAGCGAGGGCCAGCAGGGCGGCGAGCUGACGGAAGCGGGCCCGCUUCGAAAGCGUCGGCGCCGGACGACGGCGAAGGCCGACGGCGACGCCGCCGCCGGUGCCAUGAGCGUGCCGCCGCCGCGGAGCCAGGGCGGUCAGAUGAAAUCCAAGUACGCGGCGGCGGCGGCGGCGGCGCGAGAGGCACGGAUGCGAAGGGAGCUCGAGGAGAAGGCCCUCAAGGAGGCCGGCUUGGCCAUCAUUCCCCUCCCCGAGGUGGACCCCAACGAGCCCCUGGAUGUGGAGAACUGGUCGCUGCGAAAGAUCAUUGCGAGGACGCAGGCCUGGGAGAAGGCCAAGAUCGCCAAGGAGCGCGCAGCGGCAAAGGCAGCCGCUUUGGCGGCAGCCGAAGCGGGUGCGGCGGGGGCGCGGAGCGCCGCCGCCGCCGCCGCCGCCGGCCCACGCGGCCGAGCUGGCGCCCGGCCGGCGGCCCCCCAGGUGCGCAUCGUGGACGGGCAGUUGGUCGUUGACGCCGAUACGUUGACGGUUGCGGCGCAGCAACAGGAUGACGUGGCACAGUACGCUCGUGUGGAGGAGGACACCCGGUUUGUUACGUCAUUCACGUACAUGAAACGCCUGGGACCGGCGCGCUGGAGCGAGGCCGACACCGCGCUCUUUUACAGCGCCCUGGCGGCCUUCGGCACCGACUUUUCGCUCAUCUGCAUGUUGUUCCCGGAGAUGCAGCGGGCGCACGUGAAACGGAAGUACAUUAAAGAGCUCCGCGUGAACCCCGCCAAGGUCCACGCGGCGGUAUCGAACAGGGGCAAGGUGGGUGGCGGCGGCGGCGGCGGCGGUCAAGCGCAACUUCUUGAGCUUGUGCGGUCGCGGAUAGCGGAGGUCAACGCUCAGCAGGCGGCGCAGCAGACAACGGCGGGCACAAUGCUGCCGGCACCUGGCCCAGAAGCAGCGGUGGCGGAGCCCGGGGCAGCAGCAGCGGCAGAUGGGAGCCCGGGGGCAGCCGCAGGUCCCAGUACGGCGGCAGGUACGGCAGCAGCGGAGGCGGAGGCGACGGAGGAGGUGGUUGCGCGGAUAGGCCACGAAGAGGGGGGCGGUUUGGGGGAAGAGGGUGGCGAGGGUGGGGAAGGUCACAACGACGACGAUGGUUACGGCGGCGGAGGCGGCGCUUACGGUGGCGGGUACGGCGCGUACGGUGGGUACGACGGCCACGAUCAGGGAGGGUACACAGGAUACGAGGACGAGUACGAUGCCUAUUACUGA